GUUUCGCCACCGCUGUUCUAUCCCCAACUGCUUCGGUAUUUCUAAUCCAGGACGUGGCAGCGGGUGGAAAAACUCUAAUAACCCUGGCUACUGCCGGUAGCAUUUUGAUUGGCAUAAUUUGUGUUUCUACCGAGUUUUUUUUUCCUUCCUUCUUGCCUUUUACUGCCAUUUUAAGGCUUUUGCACCAACAAUCCUGUUAUCGUGCCUUCACUUUCUUUUCUAUCUGCUGCAAUAAGGCUUGAUAGAUUGCCCACUUUCAAGAUGCAAGCAUUUGGGUAAGAUUUUCAUUCGCCCUUUCUUGUAUUUUGUUCCUAGCUUCCAAGUCAUUUAGAAUCAUGGAUCAAUCAAAUCAAAGAUUGGAUUUUUUCCCGGAUGAUGUAAUCCUCCAAAUUCUUGCAAGAUUGCCUGUAAAAGCCCUUACUAGGAUCAAGUGCGUGUGCAAAUUGUGGUAUCAAUUAGCCUCUGGUGAUUAUUUUCGGCAUGUUCACAAUGAACUUUCUAUCAGAAACCCUAUGGUACUUGUGGAGGUCACUGAUACCUCGUCAGAAUCAAGAUCAAGUUUGAUUUGUGUCGAUAAUUUAAGAGGCGUUUAUGAGUUUUCCUUGGAUUUUAUCAAGGCUAGAGUCAAGGUUAGAGCAUCUUGUAAUGGUUUGUUGUGUUGCUCUAGUAUACCUGAUAAAGGGGUUUAUUAUGUCUGUAAUCCAAUGACUAGAGAAUAUAAAAUGCUUCCCAGGAGUAGGGAAAGGCCUGUUACUAGAUUUUACCCAGAUGGUGAAGCUACGCUUGUUGGCUUAGCUUGCAAUUUGCUGACACAUAACUAUAAUGUUGUGUUGGCGGGUUAUCAUCGACCUUUUGGACACAGACCCGAAAGGACUUUUAUUUGUUUGGUCUAUGAUUCGGAGUCAAAUAAGUGGAGAAAGUUUGUUUCUUUGCAAGAUGAUCAUUUUACGCAUAUGAAUAGGAAUCAGGUUGUGUUUAUUAAUGGCUCCUUGCACUGGUUGACGGGGAGUUGCACUUGUUUGCUCGUUUUGGAUUUGGAAUGUGACAUGUGGAGGAGAAUUUUAUUGCCAAAUGAGGUGAAUUGCGCUGUUGGGAACCGUGUCUACUUGUUGGAGUCAGAAGGAUGCUUGUCUGUGAUUCAAAUAUCAGAGGCUUGGAUGAAUAUCUGGGUAAUGAAAGACUAUGAGAGGGAAGAAUGGCAUAUGGUUGAUAAAGUCAGUCUCCGAUGUAUCAGAGGGAUGGUUCCAGGCAUUUUUCCAAUAAGUCAGACGGGUGAAUAUGUUUUUUUGGCAACACAUAAGCAGGUUUUGGUCUACCAGCUCAAGAACAAAGUGUGGAAGGAGAUGUACUCUGUGAAGAACAGCUCCACACUGCCAUUAUGGUUCUCUGCUCAUGCCUUUAGAAGCACUAUUUUUUCGUGCCAUUAAGGCGUGCAUGUGGCUGCUUAUUUGCUUGCAGAGAACUAUUGUAUAUAGUGCCCCAUUUGGUCUAUUAAUGGGCUUCUGUUAAGCAAAUAAAAGAAUGCAACUAGCUUUUGUUGUAUGGUUCAUGGACGUGUCUUAGAUGAACUAUCAUCUUAAUUGGUUUUUGUUUUACCUGCAGUAUGAUCAGUUGGUUGAUGAUUAUUUCCAAUCCCCUACCUGGUUUGGCAACUCCAAUUCUGCUGUUGGGUCUGGUUUCCUGUUGUUCAAGCCUCUCAUCACUUGUAUGACCAGUCAACCGUCGCGACCUAUUGUCACAUUCGAGUAUUUAAAUCUCUUUUCAUUUGCUUGCUCCAGCCUGUAAUAUAAUUUUUUUUUUCUAAUUGGUCUUUCUUUCAUGGUUGAUGGGAAUUGAAUCGACUACAUACUACUCAAGUUCUCAAUAUUGAGCUGCUUUUGGGCCAUCAAGUCAUCAUUUCCUUGUGCAGUGUUCAGCCAGCUGACUGACUAGUUAAUAGAAGUUUACAUAUUAAUGUGUCGGUAAAGCUGCUUCAGACGCAUAAAGAAAAUUAAUUGGUCAGCUUAUCAGUUGUUUUGUGCACUUUUCAAGUGUUUGAUGUUGCCGUAUGCUCUGGUGGGCUGAUAGUGAUAAAGAAGUCGUUUCUGGCUUUGUUGGAAAGAGUUCGACAGGAAAAAGAUGCAUGCAGUUUGUGGUUGUAGCUAAGGAUGAGAGUCUUUGCGGUGCGUCUAAAGCAUAAAUAGUGUGCGAAAUUUAACAUCACAUCAGGAUGUUGUAGUGAAACUGGUCUUUGUAUUGGACUCAUUGUGAUGUAUGUUCUGGAUCUGGGCUGCUGGUUUACUGUGAAAGCACCAAUGCGUUGCAUUCAGGACACUCGAUAUGAAAUGCCGGCAUCAAGUGCAACAGUUCUUCGUUUAGAAAUUGAUUUGCUGAGGAAAGAAGUGUUGCCUAUCUAUUCCAUGGCUUUGGCUGAGGAUGGAUUGCAUGUCUACGGUUUCAUGCUUAACUACUGUUGUCGUUCCUGUUGUUUUUCCUUUUUAACGACUUCAUGAUUGUUCUCAGAAGUCAGAACUAAUCAAGAAUAAAAUGCAACUAAAUGUUUCUGCUGUGAAAAAGCCAUUGCUAA